CGCAAGCCUUCUGGGCGGGGCUGAAUCUCCGGCCCCCAAGCCCUCAACCCACCUCAUCCGCCGGGACGGAAGUCGGAGCAUCGCUCCGCAGCCUUCCUUCUCUCCCGUACUCCACGGCCCGGAGCGCCCCAAACAAUCGGACAGCGGACCGGAGCGCCGGAACGCCACAAAGUGUGACUGUCCAGCGGCGACCCUAGCCUUCCAGGGUGCGCCCUUCCCCCGCGUCCGGGCCGGCGCCCUUCGGCCCUGGGGCCAUGAAGCGGGCUAGCACUCUGCGGCUGCUCUCCGACCUGAGCGACUUCAGUAACGCGAACCAGCUCCGCCAAGUGCUGGCGGAGGAGCCUCUGGCUCGGGUCCGCUCCAGCCCCGACGGCCGCCACCUGCUGCUUCUGCGCCCUCCGGGAUCUCCGGCCCCGCUGCUGUUGGUGUCCAGGAAAGGGGCGGGGCUGGGGCUGGAACCCCGCUGUCCUGCUGGCCAAGGCCCGGUGCUAGAUGCUUUCUUUCUCCAGUGCCCAGGCUGGGCCAGUGGCCCGUGUCCUGUGCUCGCCUUAGUGUGGGCGAGUGGGCGGGCCGAAGUGUGGGGGGCCGGAGUGCAGCCGGAGUGGCAGCUCCUGCAGCAGGUCGAAUUGUGUGUGAGCAGCAAGGCCAGGGUGGUGAGCGCAGCUGCUCUGGGAAACCGGCUGGCGUGGUGUGAGGAGCGGCCAGCCAGCACCGAGGUCACGCCAGGCUCCGCGCAGGCUGCUUUCGGUCACUGUGUGUGCACUCGGGCCUUGGAGCCCCACGGAGAGAACAGUGCCAUGCUGGGCGCCCCCAGGAUCCUGCUGCAUCACUGCCCUCAUUUCCAGCUGCUGGCCUCCCGUUCUAACUUCUUCAUGGUGCCCACAGCUACAACUUGGCCCAAUGUAGCCCACAUCUUGCUCAUCUGGUACCCAGCUAAGGGCAGAAUAACUGUAACGGCCCCUACUCACAACCUUACUUAUAACAAGAACUUGAGCUCUAAAGGCAGGGACUCCUGGGAUUUCCGGUCCCUGAUUCGGAGAGUACCGGGACUGCUUUCCGGUGGAGAGCCCUUAGAUAUCCACACCUGUGCCCCUUCCCAGGAGAGCCUGCUGUUGCUGAGCCCAAAGGGGGUUCUGAGUCUCAUCCGAAGAGAUGGAGGAACUAGAGCAGUGGGUAUCCUGGGGUCUGGACUGCUUGCUCAGGGGGUCCCAGUGUCCUUAGGUGUCUUCAACAACACUUUAGCCUGUGUGCUGGGCUCUGGACUUGAGCUGCUGGACAUGGGCAGUGGACGACUUCUAGAAAGAAAGGUCUUAAGCACUGACCGUGUCCAUCUGCUGGAGCUCUCAGCCCCAGGGAUUGAUGAAGAUGAGAAUAAAAGUGGGCUGAGGCUGCUCUCUGCAAGUGGCCUAUUCUGUGUGAUCUGGGAGGUGAGGAAAGAGGGUGAAUGGCUAAACUCGGAGGACUUAGUGUUUGAGGAGGCUUGUGGCUACUACCAGAGACGGAGCCUGCUUGGAGCCAGGCUCACAACUGAUGACUUGAGGAGAGGAAGCACUUUUCGCGCCCCACUGGCCCUAGCUGCUAUUCUCCAAGGUCACCAACCCCCAACCAAACUGCUAACUGAUCUGCAAGCUGAGCUAAGGGACUACCAUGGCCUAGAUCGGCUCAAGACACGAUUAGUGGCUGCAGAUGGGCAAGAGGAAGGCUGGGCAGAGCUGGCUGAACGAGAGGUAGAGCGGCUACUUCGGUCAGAUCUGACAGGGGACAAACUGUCCCAGCUCAAUGCUAUCUUUUCUGCCUUUCCUGCUGCUGCUUGGUGCUCCACCCGUCGUGCCCUACAACUGCAACUGGAUGAGGCUGGCCAGCUAAAGUCCCGGGCCCCUCCUGAUUUGUGGAAGAAGGUGCUAGUGGAUGCAGGGACUGAUGGGGCACUCCCCGCCUUUGAACUCCUGUGUCAGUGCCUUUGUCGGUUGGAGCCAUGUUGGUUGCCACCCUUUGUAGAACUGGCACAACAGCAAGGAGGGCCAGGUUGGGGUUUAGGAGCUGGAGGCCCUGGGCCGCCCUUAUACCGACGGGCAUUGGCUGUUUUGGGUGAUUGGGCUGGGGCCAGGGCAGAGGCUCUAGAGCUAGAAUUACUCCUGGGGAGUGGCCGGCCCAAGGCUGUGCUUCAGGCCAUAGGGCAACUCGUUCAGGCUGGACAGUGGGAACGGAUCCUGGAUGCAGGCCUGGCUUUCAGCCCCUCCAGCCCAUUGCUGCAAAUGGAGAUCUUCACUGUCUUACUAGCCGAAUUUGCUCGGCAUCGCCAAUUAGAUGCCCAUAUCACUCGCCUGCGCCGCCUGUGCCCCCCAGAUUUGACACCCACAGACCUCUUGCUCCUGUUGAAAAAACACCUGCCAGAUGAAGAAGGGCCUCCAGCCCCAUUCCCUAAGAUGGGAGCUGACCCUCCACUCACAGUGGGGCUCCUGAGAGACCUGCUGGAACAGGCCAGGUCUGAAGCACAAGUUCCAAGUCCCUAUGAAGAUAUCCUUUGGGACUCUGGCAGCUGUCCUCCCCACCCCAAGAGCAGGCAAUACCCCUCACAGGGACAGAGUAACCAAAACUAGAAGCCCAGGGCCAAGAAUUUAGUAGAAUUGACUCAGACUGAGACUUGGGGUCAAGGGAUACGGUGAACCUGAGAAGGAGGGGGUCCAAUCAGUUUUUCCCACUCCCUUAUAAGAGGGAGGGGCUCAGAAUUCCCUUGAAAUGCAGAGAUAAUUCAUGGGAUGGUCCUAUGUGAUACUUUUCUUUCCUGGGAAGAUUUUAAAUAUAUACAGGUAAGGGAAGCAAAAUUGUUAGUGUCUGUGAUUGAAGAGAGAUGGAGGGAAUGAUAAUGUGGUAUGUUGGAAAUACAGCAAUCAGGCCACCAUGUGCUCAGUUUCAAAGAGCCCUUUUCUGACCCUCCCGUCCCCUCGAUGUGGGUUUGAGGGAGGAUAAUAUCAUUAAAGGAAUGAGAAAAGAAUCCUAUUACUUUCAUCAUAACAAGGAUUCUUGGAAGUCAUCACCAAAUUCAUAGCUCCCCCACCCUUACCUCCUAGAAUUCAGAAGUAAGGCCCUAGAAAUGCUGAGCCCAGUUAAUGCCAGGCUAUCGGAAACCAUUCCUUUGCUCCCUUCCCAUCUUGCUUCUCAGCCCCAGAGCAUCUACCUACCUCUGAGUCUGAGGUCUGAUUACAUGGAUCUUGAUGUAGAAAAAUCAGUAACAGAAAUCUGAAAGUUCUAGGACCAGAAAGGUCUUUAAGUAUCCUAAACUCCACUUAGGCCUGUUUCCUCUAGGUGAUACGGUAGAUAGAGCACUGGGUUUAAAGUUACGACCAUCUGAAUGCAUAUUUGGCCCUCAGACAAUUGUUGUAUGACCCUGAAUAAGUCAUUUAAUUGCUUUCUGCCUCAGUUUCCUCAUCUGUAAAAUGGAGGUAAUAAUAACACCUACCUCCCAGGAUUGUUGUGAGGAUAUGAGAUGUUAUAAAACGUUUUUCGCAAAUAUUAAAGGACUAUAUAAAUGCUAGUUAUUAUUAAUAA